AAUAAUUUAUCAAUAAUGAAUUCAUCAUCAUCAGAUUUAACACAAUUAUUACUUGAAUAUAGACAAGUAUUAUUGGAUGUACUUAUUAAAUCAAUGAAAAUGAAUAACAAUGAUGAUAAUAAUAAUAAUGAUGAUGUAAACAAUAAUAAUAAUAAUAAUGAUACAAAAAUUCAUAAAGGAAUAAUAUUACCGGUUAAAUGUCAAUGUGGUUAUACAUCAGAAUUAAGUAAACAGAUAACACGUACAUCAACAUAUGUACAUCAAUUGGAAUUAAAAUUUCGUGCAUUUUUAGAAACAAUGAAAUCAACAUCGACAACAACCGCAACAACAACAACAACAUCAACGUCAAAUGAAUCAAAUCGUUAUACACCUAAACGUCCAUGGUUUAUUGAUUCAUCAUCGGCAUUUACUGGUGGUGGUGGUGGUGGGGGUAUAGCUGAUUUAAGUGGUUCGGGUUUAAUUGGUUCAACAAAGAUGUCUUUGUUGGAUAAGAAAAUAUUUCAAAGAAUGUCUACGAAAGAUAAACAACAACCAAUUUCAUUAUUUUCUGGCAAUAGUAGUAUCAAUAGUAGUCUAAAUGAUGAUGAUGAUAACGAUGAUGAUGAUUUAGAUAUUGAUUCGGAUAUUGAUGAUAAUAAUAUUGAAAAUGAUAAUGAUGAUAAUAAUCUAUUGGAAAAUCUUACCAAUAAUAAUAAUCUCAUGUAUAAUGAUGGCAAUAAUUCAAUUGUUGAUGAUAUUAUCGGAACUGGUAGUGUUGGUGGUAAAACAAUAUUGGAAGGUUAUCUUAAAAAAAUGAAUGAAAUAACUAAAAUUCCAAGUGAAGAAUGUUCAGAUGAUGAUAAUGGUGAUAAUAAUAAUAAUGUCGUUGGUGGUGAUCAUCAUCAUUCAAUGAACAAAAAUAAUCAACAACAAAAUCAUCUUGUUCAUCAUGAUGAUGAUGAAGAAGAACCAGAUGGUUUAUCAAUUGCAGCAGAUGAAGAUUUUCAUCGAGGACCAGGAAAACGUAUCGAUCUUAAAACAAAAAAAUUAGUCGUACAAAUGAAUAUGAAUGGUGCAAGCUAUACUGAUAUUAGUCGUCAAAUUGGAAUCAGUCGUAAAUCGGUUCGAAGAAUAAUAUCCAAUUAUAAAACAUUUGGUUUACUUGAAAAGAAAAGAGAAUCACGUAAUCGUAAAGUAUCAACGAAUGGCAAUUUGAACAAUUCAAUAAUAGCUAAUAAUAAUAAUAAUAAUGGUGGUGGUGGUGUCAAUAUGGCUAAUAUUCUUAAUGGUCGAAUGAUGGCCGAUUCUUAUAAUGAUUUAGCUAAUAAUGAUGAUGAUUUAGAUGAUGAAAGAGAAAUGAUUGUCGAUGAUAAUCAAGGUGGUCAUGGUGUUGGUGGUGGUGUCGAUGAUGAUGAUCAAGAUUCGGAUGUUGAUGGUUUGUUUUCCGGAUUUUAUAAUCGUCAUGUAAAAAAUGAAAUGGCAAUGAAAAAACAAGAAAUUGAUGCAAAUUUUCUUAAUCAAUUAUCAUUGUUUCAAAAAGCAAUGCAAGCAUCACAACAGCAACAACAACAACAACAACCACAAAUAAAUAGAUCUUCAUCAAAACGUAAUAUGAGUCUUAUUCAACAAGUACCAUAUAAUCAUCAUAAUAAAUCAACAACAAAUGGUUCACAUAAUAAUAAUAAUAACAAUCAUCAUAAUCGAUUAUCGUUGAUAAAGCCACCGGAUCGAUAUAAACCUUAUGAUCUCAAAGUUCGACCUCAUAAUAGCAAUAAUAAUAAUAAUAAUGGAUCAAAUAAUGAAUCAUUUGCCACACAGCAAAUACAUCCUACACAUCGUAUCUCAAAAUCGCAUCCAAUUGUGCCACCACUUCCACAAUCAACAAAUAUUUAUUCGAAUGUACAACAACAACAAAGAUCAUCGCAUCAAAAUCUAAAAUUGUAUAAUAACAAUCAUCUCAACAAUUCAAAUAACAACAACAACAAUAAUAAUAAUAAUCAUUUUGAACGAGAUAAUGAAAAUUCAUUAAUACGACAUCCGAAAAGUAAAUCAAAUCGUCAACAUUCUGUUGAUAUGUCUUUCAAAGAAAGUUUGACCGUACCAGAAGCUGAUAAAAAUAAUAAUACAACAUUGAACAAUUGUAAUGUAACAAUAACAAGUACCUCAAAACCAGCUUUGAAUGGCAAUUCAAAUCAGCCAUUAGAUUUGGGUAAUAUUACCAUACCACAAAUACCUGCAUCGAUGGUCGAUGGUUCUACUGAUUCAGAUGCUAAUCUUGUGCCGAAAAAUUUUAUCGAUGGUCAAUUUCCAGCUGGAAUCAUGAACUCACUGAAUCCGAAUCGUGCCACUAAAUUGACAUUGGAAGAUUUCAAUAUUGUAUGGCAUUUACGAUCUCAACACUGGACACAUAAUCAGAUACGAAAAUAUUUUCAACAAAGAGGAAAAAGUAUUUCCAAAUCAUCAAUAUCACGCAUAAUGAAUGGUAAACAACGAAAUUUUCAACAAUUUUUCAAUGUUGUACCAUCAAGUAAUACAACUUAUUGAAAAAAGCGAUGUAACUGAUAGUUUGAAAAGCGAAUCAUUAUUUUUUUUUUCAUUAUCAUCCUUAUGUUCUCACGCUUCAUAUUGCUCUAGCCAUUAUUAAUAUUUUAUAACACUUUAAACAAACGUGCAUUCAUUGUGUGCCUCAACCAUAUUCACUUCACUCACAUCAUUUUCAUUACUAUUAUGGUGA